UGUCAGCGGAAAGCAAAAGCCCUACCGGUGCAGUCUUAAACCCUCAGCCAUCGUUUCUUUCCCUCGAAUCCAAUGGCGAAGAAAAAACAGAAAUCAUCGCAAAAUAAGGAUAAGAAUCAAGAACUAAAGGAGCAGCCGGUAGUUGUAGAGGAUGAAGCAGCAGCAGCUAAACAAGAAAAAGAAGACGAGGAGAAGGAGGAGGAGGAAGAACGGAGUUUCGAAGACCUUGGAUUAGACCCUCGCCUAAUUCGAGCACUUAUCAAGAAAAACAUCGACAAACCUACACCUAUCCAGCGCGUCGCCAUUCCUCUCAUCCUUGAAGGUAAAGACGUGGUUGCUCGGGCAAAGACUGGUUCAGGAAAGACCUUCGCCUAUCUCCUACCUUUACUUCAGAAGCUAUUUUCUGACUCGCCUUCUAAACAUAACCAAGCUCCUACCGCUUUCAUUUUAGCUCCUACUCGUGAGUUAUGCCAACAAGUUUAUGCGGAGGUGAUGUCGCUAAUUGAGUUAUGUAGAGUGCAGCUGAAAGUUGUGCAAUUGACUAGCAGCAUGUCUAAUUCUGACUUGAGAACAGCAUUGGCUGGGCCACCUGAUAUUAUAGUGUCUACGCCUGCUUGUGUACAUACAUGCCUGUCAGAUGGUGUUCUUCAGCAGAAAGCUGUUCAGGAUUCCUUGUCCAUUAUUGUCCUCGAUGAGGCAGAUCUUCUUUUGUCAUAUGGAUAUGAAGAUGAUCUUAAAGCUCUUACGGCGCAUGUCCCUAGACGUUGCCAGUGUCUUCUCAUGUCAGCAACCUCUAGUGCUGAUGUUGAAAAGCUGAAAAGGCUUAUUUUACAUAAUCCCUACAUCUUAACUUUGCCUGAAGUAGGAGACCUUAAGGAUGACAUCAUCCCCAAGAAUGUUCAGCAGUUUUAUAUAUCAUGCAGUGCCCGAGAUAAGCUUGUCCACAUCCUUGCCCUGUUGAAGCUCGAGCUUGUUCAGAAAAAAGUUUUGAUAUUCACCAAUGCAAUUGAUACAAGUUAUAGACUGAAGCUCUUCUUUGAACAGUUUGGUAUAAAGUCUGCUGUUUUAAAUGCUGAGCUGCCCCAAAAUUCUCGUCUACAUAUCCUUGAGGAGUUCAAUGCUGGACUUUUUGAUUAUUUGAUUGCGACUGAUGACAGUCAGCCGCAAGAGAAAAAGAAGUUUGACAGUGGAAGUAAUGCUGUGCAGAAGAAAGCCAGAAAGCAUGCCAAGCAAAAACUAGAUGCAGAGUUUGGUGUUGUGAGAGGGAUAGAUUUCAAAAAUGUGCACACGGUCCUAAAUUUUGAGAUGCCUCAAAGUGCUGCGGGAUAUGUACAUCGAAUUGGACGUACUGGAAGAGCGUAUAACACUGGUGCAUCUGUCUCUCUGGUGUCCCCUGAGGAAAAUGACAUGUUUGAAGAUAUUAAAUCCAUCAUCGGUGAAAGUGAUAAUAUGGACUCCAAUUUUAUAGCUCCAUUUCCGUUGCUCACUAAGAAUGCUGUGGAGGGCUUGAGAUAUAGAGCUGAGGAUGUGGCAAGGAGUGUGACAAAAGUUGCUGUGAGAGAAUCUCGGGCACAGGACCUUAGAAAUGAAAUUCUCAAUUCAGAAAAGUUGAAGGCUCAUUUCCAAGAUAAUCCCAGGGACUUAGAUCUUUUGAAACAUGACAAGCUUUUAAGUAAGAAGGAUCCGGCUCCCCAUCUACGUGAUGUGCCCGAAUACCUCUUGGACCCAACAACGCAGGAAGCCCGCAAAAUUGUAAAGCUUGCGAGAGCUGCAAUGGGCAAUAAUAACACUGCUCGCCGCAAAGGAUUUAAGGGCAAGUUUAGAAAAAGUAGAGACCCUUUGAAAACCUUUUCUGCUGAGGCAUCAAGACGACCUUCAAAAGGUGGGAUAAGGAGGAGGGGACCAGGGUGCGAUGCCAGUCAUAAGCGCAAAAGGAAAGAGGCUGUCGAUUGAUUUGUUGCGCGCUCGCUGGAAUAUUUCAGCUCGGGAGGUUCUCAGUCCCCAAAAGUUUUGUUUUAUAUUAUAUAUGAUUGGAAUGUUAAAUUUUGAUAUCCAGCAUGUCGUCCCGUUCUUGUCCAUGUCUCCAUGGAUCGUCACACAGCAUUUUGCGUGCUGGGGCGAUCCUGGGCCAAUUGCAGUGUCUGAACUUUCGGAAUUGAUUAGUCUUACAAGUAUAGAAUUCUUUUGGUGA